GACAAAAGCCGCAAGCCGCAAAAGAAGAACAAUAUAGAAUAGGAAAAAAAUAAACAAUGCUGCGAUAUUGAUAGCGGUUAAAGAAUUUUGUGAAAUUUGUAGACAUUAAAUGUGAAGAACUAUGGACACAAAAACUGAGAUUCCCGAAGUACCGCUGCGUCCAUUUAAAUUGGCGCAUCAAGUUGUGAGCCUAACUGGAAUUAGUUUUGAACGUCGCAGCAUAAUUGGCAUGGUUGAGUUGACGAUAGUGCCAAAUAAUGACAGUUUACGUUUGAUACGUCUCAAUGCCAAGCAGCUGCGAAUUUACAACGUGGUGCUCAACGAUGUUUGCCAAGCUGAGUUUUUUUACUUCGAUCCCUUUCAGGAUAUAUGCCACAACGAUCCCAAGAGCCGCUCUCUGGAAGUCUUCUCAAAGAAUCAUUUGGCUGCAGCGCAGAUUACGGAUCCGGAUACGAAUAAUGGCGAGCUGCUGAUUCAGGUGCCGCAAGAAGGCUAUCCAUUGAUUCAGGAGGGUCGUGGUCUGCGCAUACGCAUUGAAUUCUCAGCCGAAAAUCCCAAAGGUGGCAUGCACUUCGUUAUUCCACCCAUACCCCCUGAUGAUGAAAUAGGACAGAAUUAUAGUGCGCACAUGUUCACCAACUGCUAUGAGAACUCGACCCGCCUUUGGUUUCCCUGCGUCGACAGCUUUGCGGAUCCGUGCACAUGGCGACUAGAAUUUACAGUGGAUAAAAAUCUGACUGCUGUUUCCUGUGGAGAACUGGUCGAAGUUAUUAUGACGCCGGAUCUGCGAAAGAAAACGUUUCACUACACUGUAUCCACACCUGUCUGUGCGCCGAACAUUGCGCUGGCUGUGGGCCCAUUCGAAAUCUACGUGGACCCGCAUAUGCACGAAGUGACUCAUUUUUGCCUGCCCGGCCUGUUGCCUCUCUUGAAGAAUACGGUGCGGUAUCUUCACGAAGCCUUUGAGUUCUUCGAAGAGACGCUCUCCACACGCUAUCCGUUUUCCUGCUACAAACAGGUGUUUGUAGACGAGCUUGAUACUGAUAUCAGCGCCUAUGCAACAAUGACCAUAGCAUCGGUUAAUCUCCUGCACUCGAUAGCAAUUAUAGACCAGACCUACAUUUCACGGACCUUCAUGUCACGAGCUGUGGCAGAGCAGUUCUUUGGUUGCUUCAUCACCUCGCAUCACUGGUCGGACACUUGGCUAGCGAAAGGCAUAGCCGAGUAUUUGUGUGGCCUCUACUCACGGAAAUGCUUUGGCAAUAACGAGUAUCGGGAAUGGGUGCAAACGGAGCUGGCACGCGUUGUCAAGUACGAGGAACAGUUUGGCGGCAUUAUACUCGAUUGCAGUCAGCCACCAGCUCCUCUGCCCGUAUCGAGUACGAAUCCCGCAGCUGCUGCGAGUAAACAGCAGGAGAUUGUACACUACUUUCCCAUCAAGAGUUUGCACACGGUUUCACCCAAAUAUGUAGAGGCGAUGCGUAGGAAAGCGCAUCUGGUCAUACGCAUGUUGGAGCAUCGCAUCGGGCAGGAGCUGCUCAUCCAAGUGUUUAACAAGCAACUGGCGCUGGCCACAAAUGCAGCGGGUACUAAAAUAGGCGCCGGCCUCUGGUCGCAAUUGCUGAUCUCCACGAACAUCUUCAUCAAGGCCAUCUUCACGGUCACGGGCAAGGACAUGUCUGUGUUUAUGGAUCAGUGGGUGCGCACGGGCGGCCAUGCAAAGUUCUCGCUUACCUCGGUAUUCAAUCGAAAACGAAACACCAUCGAAUUGGAGAUACGCCAGGACUUUGUCAAUCAGCGUGGUGUGCGCAAAUAUAAUGGGCCCUUAUUGGUGCAGCUGCAGGAGUUGGAUGGCACAUUCAAGCACACGCUGCAGAUUGAGAAUACACUGGUCAAGGCGGACAUCACCUGCCAUUCGAAGAGUAGGCGAAAUAAGAAGAAGAAGAUUCCAUUGUGCACCGGCGAAGAGGUGGACAUGGACUUGUCUGCCAUGGAUGACUCACCUGUACUAUGGAUACGACUUGAUCCAGAGAUGAUUUUGUUACGGGAUCUAAUAAUUGAGCAGCCGGACUUUCAAUGGCAAUACCAACUACGGCACGAGCGAGAUGUGACAGCCCAGUUUCAGGCUAUCCAAGCGCUGCAAAAGUAUCCCACCAAUGCCACGCGUUUAGCACUCACAGACACUAUUGAGAGUGAUCAUUGCUUUUACAAGGUCCGCUGCCAGGCUGCUCACAGUCUAACCAAGGUGGCCAACCAAAUGGUCGCCUCAUGGAGUGGUCCACCUGCCAUGCUCAACAUCUUCCGCAAGUUCUUUGGCUCCUUUAGUGCACCACACAUCAUAAAACUGAACAACUUUUCCAACUUUCAAUUGUACUUCCUCCAAAAGGCUAUACCCGUGGCCAUGGCGGGCUUACGCACCUCUCAUGGCAUCUGUCCACCCGAGGUAAUGCGAUUCCUCUUCGAUCUCUUCAAGUACAAUGAGAACUCUCGUAAUCACUAUACUGACGCCUACUAUAGGGCUGCUUUAGUCGAGGCACUGGGAGAGACUUUGACUCCCGUCGUAUCUGUAGCAAUGCAUGGUACGCAAAUUACCACAGACAGCCUUUCCACGGAUGCCAAACUGGUUCUGGAUGAGGUAACGCGUCUGCUGAAUAUGGAGAAGCAUUUGCCAUCGUACAAGUACAUGGUUUCCGUGUCUUGCCUUAAGGUCAUUCGCAAGCUGCAAAAGUUUGGCCAUCUGCCCUCGCUGCCUCACAUUUACCGCAGCUAUGCGGAGUAUGGAAUUUUUCUGGACUUACGCAUUGCUGCCAUGGAGUGUCUUGUGGACUUUGUGAAAGUAGAUGGACGCUGGGAAGACUUGGAGCAUUUGAUAAAUUUGCUCGAAACUGAUCCAGAUCCUGCUGCACGUCAUGCUCUCGCCCAGCUGCUCAUCGACAAUCCACCAUUUACACGCGAGACCCGCAGCCGCUUAGACAAACCACAUCUGGUGGAACGUCUGUGGAUCAGCAUUAACACAUUGUCCUGUGACACGAAAUUACGUUGUGAUUUUGUCGAUCUCUACUAUGCGCUUUACGGUACCAAGCGACCGUUUUGCCUACAAGCUUCCGAAACUCAAAACUUCUACAAGGACUUGUUGAAGGAGCCUAAUGCGUCAGGUAACUCAUUUAAAAAGACAACCGAGCCCAAGCCAAUAGACAGUGAGCCCCAGGAGAAACAAAAGCCCUCCAUGGUCACUAUUAAACGAACUGCGACAGAAGCCUUCGAGGUGGGCGAUGAGAUCAUCAAGUUAGAGCGCAGCGAGGAGAUCACCGUGCUAAAUGAUCCGAUUGAAGUGCAGGCUUAUGACAGCGAGGCAAAGCUAAAUGUUGAUGCUGUCGAUGAAGCCGCUGGCGACUCUCAGCAAUUAACUAAGCGUCUAAGAACCGAGAUGUAUGCGGAUACCAUAGACGAUAAUUCGAUCUCGGUGCUAGACGUUGGCGAGACGACACGACAAUACGAGAGCAGUUACGACGAGAGCAAGAUGAGACCCGAUGGCAAUUUGAAGAAAAAGAAGAAGAAAGACAAGAAGAAGCAUAAGCACAAGCACAAACACAAGCACAACAAGGAUAAGGACAAAGACCGUGAGCGAGAGCGCAAGGAUAAGGAUCGAAGAGACCCGCAAAUUUCUCGCCUGCAGACAAGGGAUGCUGCCACGCCCGAAACCCUUAGCUCAGCGGAUAGCAGCAACAGCAACAGCAACACCCCGAUGGGCAUGAACUAAGGAAAGGUCGUCGAGCAACUCUCUGUGGCUUGUUGAAACAAUGAAUUAUAUAUGAUAGGUUAAUUAAUUAGUUAGAUAGUAAGAUUUUUUUAAAAAGGGCUUUCAGCAAUCUAUAAAAAUGAAAGCAUUGCAUAUGAAAGCUAUUUGUAUAGCUUGUAUUUAUAUAAAAAAAAAAUAUACCUUUCCAUUUUCCGUGUAUUCAGUCCAAUGUGAAUCCCCAAAUCCCUCUCAGAUAACAAAAUUCCCUAGACAUCCAAAAGCUUACGCAAAUAAAUAGUUUUCGAUAAAUUGUAGAAACUUGUUCUGAAGAUCUAA